AUGGAACAAAACAAUGGCACUCAGGUGACUGAAUUCAUUCUCCUGGGAUUUGCUGGUCGACACAAGUCUUGGUAUAUACUCUUCACAGUAUUUCUUCUGAUCUAUGUGACCACCCUCGUGGGCAAUACUGGGAUGAUCCUACUCAUCAAGAUAGAUUCCUGCCUUCACACCCCUAUGUACUUUUUCCUCCAACACUUGGCAUUUAUUGAUCUCUGCUACACCUCUGCUAUCACUCCCAAGAUGUUGCAAAAUCUUGUAGAAACGAAAAAAUCCAUCUCUUUCAUAGGAUGCAUGGUGCAAUUACUAGUCUAUGGUAAUUUUGCAACAAGUGACUGCUAUAUCCUUGCUGCAAUGGCGGUGGACCGUUAUGUGGCCAUCAGUAACCCACUCCACUAUCCAAUAGUCAUGACCCAGAGAGUCUGUAUUCAACUCGUAGUUGGUUCAUACCUCAUGGGUUUCCUAAAUGCCUCUGUAAAUACAAGUCUUACUUUCUCAUUGAACUUUUGCAAAUCCAAUAAAAUUAAUCACUUUUUCUGUGAUGAAUCCCCAAUUCUUGCCCUGUCAUGCUCCAACAUUGAUUUAAACAUCAUUGUCCUAAUGGUCUUUGUGGGGUUUAACUUGACAUUCACUGUGUCAUUCGUCAUCAUUUCCUACAUAUAUAUCCUGGCUGCCAUCCUGAAGAUAUCUUCAUCUGCAGGGAGAAGAAAAGCUUUCUUCACAUGUGCCUCCCACCUGACAGCAGUCACCAUGUUCUAUGGGACUCUUUCUUACAUGUAUCUGGACCAUGGGACUCACGUGUCUCCAGAGCGAAAAAAAAUGGCUUCUGUGUUUUACGGCAUUAUGAUCCCCAUGUUAAACCCACUCAUCUACAGCCUGAGAAACCAAGAUGUGAAAGAAGCCCUGAAAAGGAUUGGAAAGAAGUGCUUCUAG